AUCAAAUCAAUUCAGUCAUCCGGUUCACUCUUCACUCUAUUCAGUCAUCUGUCAAGACAGUUCACGAAUCACGUUCAGUUAAUUUCCUACCGCGUGACUACUACCGUCUCUAUUUGAAAUUUUAGAAUUAUCGGCAUAUUUCAAUAUAUUUUUUCAGUGAAAAUGGGAUUUAUGGAAGCCGGUCAAAAUAUGAAUGUAUUUAUUUUGGCUGGAAUUACUGUUGUCUUGUGUGUAAUUUUACACUUUAUUUACAAGACCAUCUUCGGCAAUACGAGGAGUGAAGUACAAAAUCAUGAAGCGGAGAACGUAAAAGAAGCUUCGACUGAGACAACACAAGAUUCCGCCGUAACCGAAUCCCGUGCCGGUGGGAAGAAUAAGAAACGUUCACAAUGGAAAGGGAAGACUGAUUUCAGCCAUCCUUGGCUACUUAAGAAUCUCAAAGGGCACCCUGGAACUGUUCUUCUUAUGGAUUUCUCUGCAAAUGGAAAGUUCAUGGCCGCUACAUGUGAUGAUGGCUCUGUGAUCGUAUGGGACAUCCGCGAUCUGAACGUGAAGGAGCACAAGACGUUGAGGGUGAACAUCGACUUCGAUUACGCAUCUCAUAUAGCCUGGAGUCCAGAUUCCAAGGCCUUCGUCGUUCACACCGUGCGGGAUAAUAACAUCGUUGUGUACAAGAUUGAGAAGAAAAAAGACGGAACCAUAGGAUCCGCGACGCCUGUUAUUACAUUCGAUAAGGCUCACGUGGAUGAUGUAAUCGGUUUCGGGAUUUCCAGCAAUGGUAAAUUCUUGAUGUCCUGUACGUCGAAAACGGACAUGAUUAUUUGGGAUCUAAAAGGACAACAACUCAACCGGCUCGAUACUUACCUUAUGAAUACACACACAGCUAAAAUAUCACCAUGCGGCCGUUUCGUAGUCGCUACAGGUUUUUCGCCAGACGUCAAAGUAAUGGAGGUCUGUUUCACACGGACCGGCGAAUUCAAACAGGUGUCAAAAGCGUACGAGCUGACGGGACACACGUCCGGUGUUUAUGACGUGGCGUUCGCAGUAGAUACGUCGCACAUCGCGACCAUAUCGAAAGACGGCACGUGGAAACUCUACCACACGAGAAUUGAAUAUGCCCGCGGGGAAUCCCCACAUGUCCUAGAGACGGGCACAUAUACACAGACGGCUAAUCCUCCGAAGAUAGCACUCUCACCGAACGCAGAAGUACUAGCGGUCUCUUCGGACUCAAAUGUCGAGUUCUACGACACUUACACCGGCAAUCUCUAUGACACCGUCGAGAAUGUUUACACAGGUUUGAUAAACUACAUGUACUUUGAUCCGGCUGGGAAAUACUUGUACGUCUGCGGCGACCGCGCAGUCCGGAUACUCCACAAUGUCUGCGGGUACUACACGACCAUCAACAGCUGCACAAGGCUCCUCGGCUCCAAACAGACUUCCGCCACUGUCGAACGACUCAAUAACACCAUACGAGACUGCAAAGCUACCCUCGCUAAAUUUGGCAAGUAAAUUAUAAAUUAUAUUCGAAGUACGUAAUAUUAGUGUUCUUUAAUAUCAACGAUGUAACCAAACUGUUUUGAACGAUUUUCUUAAGUAUUUUCAAAAUUCACUUUAACAUUGAAAAAUGGAAAGGGAUAUAACAAAUAAUACAGCAUUUUUGCUCCUAAUUAAUUAUAAGAUUGUCUAUUGCAUUUAUUUUUUAUAAAUUUUAUUUUAUUUAGAAUUUAUGAAAGCACUUACUAAAUAAAUAUGUUUAACUAUUUAAUAUGUAUUUUAAGACAUCUUUACGACAAAACUAAUCGUUUUUGUUAGUAUGUAGCGAUUAUCAAUUGAAUAAUGACGGUCCAAAAUUUUCAAUGUGAUGAAUUUCAAAUUAACAAAUAUAAUUCUAAAAAAAUAAAUUAAAAAUUAUUUUAAAAUAACUAUUCUCUCCCAGUGGAUCCACAAAGAACUGAAAAGAGCUCUGUUUUAUUAAAAACAGAGUUUAAGCGAAGUGGACUUUUUAAAAUGUAUUUCUAAUUAAGUAAAUGGAAGUCAUUAAGUAUAUGUAAUUAUAAUUAAGAUUUUAUCUUUACUGUUCCAUUAUAUAAACAGUUAAAACAAUUAUAAAGUAAUGUCAUUGAUAAUAUUUGAAUUCAAUAUAAAAAUACGAAGUAGCAAAGUAGAAUUUGUAAAUGAUUUAAUAUUUUCGUUGAUUUUUAUUACUAAUAUUAGAUAUAAAUUAUAUUACGUAAUAUGUGAUUUAUAAAAUUGUGUUUUUAUUAUAAAGUAGUGUACAUGUAUGAAGUAGUAAAAAUUAUAUUUGUAUAUUACGUAAUAUAUUGUAUUUCAUGUUAAGGACUCAUUGACCGAGCAUUUACUAUGAAAUAUUAUUUAAAGGUCAUCUUUUAAAUUGGUGUCAAGAAAGUUUCUUUAAUCCCUAUAUUUAAAUAUAGUAAUAUAUAAUAACAUUAUUGCAUUAUGUCACAGUUAAAAGUUUCAUAUAAUUUAGUGCAAAAUAUUAGAUAGAAAUUAAUAAAAGCCUAAAUACCUUCUGUCUGUACCUAUUUUAAGUAAGUUUUGUAUGUUAACUAUCUUGAAACUGUGUUAAAUUAUUAUAUGUAUGAAAUUCGUGUAGAUAUAAAUAUCUUUUAACUGCUGUAGCUUGAGUUCUUAGUGUCACUCUUUAUUAUAGU